AUGAGGACUAGAGCUCCAACUACUACCUUUUUAAUUGAUGAUUCAAAUUCUAAUAUUCAGCAGAGGACUAUCAUCAAUGAUAAUAAUCCCAGCAAUGACUCAAAUAAUUAGAUCAACAUUGAUUCUGAGGCAAAACUAAAGUCAUCUCACAAAAAAUCUUUAUCAAGCCUUUCUCGUAAAAGCAAAAGGAAAAGUGGGAAAGCAACUAAUAUUAAAUUUGGUUUGGGACAAUCUAAGAGGUUUUAUAAACAAAAUAGAGUAGAGGCUUACUUUCCAUGUGCAAAUGAUAGAAAAUAGGAAUUUGGGGGGAAUUCAUCUUUAAUUGAUUAAAAUAAUCAAAAUGGGAGUGAAAUUCGCCAACAAAUUCAAAUAUAAUUGCCUCAAAGCACAGUGAACUCUAAUAUUCAUUUGGGUAAUCAAGUAACAUAGGCUAACUAUUCUUUUAAUGAACAAAAUCCAAGAUUAGAAAAUUAACAAGCAAUCUAAAAUGGUAGGAACAACUCGAAUAAUGAGGAAGAAAAAAUUCUCACCAAUUCAGAUAAUCGAAGCCCCACUCUUAAUAGAUCUACUGUGAGGAAUAAUCUCCACUUGGGCUCGCUUAAUGAUAAUGAUAGCCCAUCUAAAUUAUCUGAUCAUGAUUGUCAAAGAUGUCUUGAUCUUCUAAAGAAACAUUAGCUAUUGCGCCAUCAGUUUUCUCUAGAUUAAGAUAAUAUCAAUGUUUUAAAAAGAGCGCUAUCUGAGGUGAUUACUGAAAACGAAACAGUCAAGGCAUUGCUAGUUGAGCAUAAUAUUAAGAAUGAGAAACUUUCAAAAGAUAACGUCUAGUUGAUCAAAGCAAAUUAAGAAUAAGACAAUGCUAUUUUAGAACUUACCUAGGCUAUAAAUAAAAUUUCUCCCAAUUUCUUCAAAGAAAUAUUCAAGAAUCAGGUUAAAAGCACUGAUGAUGAUUAGAGCGACAUCGAACGUAGAGAUGCCGAGGCAGAUGAAGUGAUUCUGAAUGAGUCUAGUUCAAAGAAAAGAAAGAGAGAUCAGAAAUAAAUGAACAAAAAGCUCAAAAGUUAGAAGAUCACCCAAAACUAAUGUUUGAAUGGAUAAUCCAACCUAAGAGGAAGUUCAUCAUUACUAAAGUCGAAGAGAGUCAUCUCUAUGGCUCCUGCUAUUGAUAUUGAGAAAGCUAAGAAAUCCUCGAAACCAACCUAAAAUUUGAGAUUAUAAUCAAAAGCCAUUACAAAGAAAAUUGAGUAAAGAGCCAGAUAAUCCAAAUCAAAGAAAGUCAAAAAAUAAAACAGAGCCCAUUGA